AUGGGCGCCAAUCCUGCCCUCCUUCAAGAUGGCAACCCCCACUCGAGCCACCCCUCCUUCCUGAACCUCGUCCUCUUGGUCUUCGAAGCCGUCCUCGAGGUCAUCUGCGUGAGUCUGCCGGGUUAUUUUGCUGCCAAACAAGGCAUGUUCGAUGCGGAUGCCCAGAAGCUGGUAGCGAAUCUCAACGUCACUUUAUUUACUCCCUGCCUGAUCUUCACAAAGCUCGGGUCCCAGCUCACAGCAGAAAAACUCACCGAUCUGGCUAUUAUUCCGGCCAUCUUCGUUAUCCAAACUCUGGUCUCUUAUUCCUGCGCCUUUGUUGUUUCGCGAUGUCUCCGGCUCAAGAAACGACCUUCCAACUUUGUCGCCGCCAUGGCGGUUUUCGGAAAUUCUAAUUCGCUCCCCAUCUCCCUCGUCAUGUCUCUGUCACAAACUCUCAAGGGUCUUCACUGGAGUCGCGUCCCGAACGAUAACGAUGAUGAAGUAGCAGCGCGUGGUAUUUUAUAUCUGCUCAUCUUCCAGCAGCUUGGCCAGCUUGUGCGGUGGAGCUGGGGCUACCACGUGCUUCUUGCCCCCCGUGAGCGUUACUUGGAAGAGGCGGAAGCGGAUCCGGAUACCACUCGCAUUGGACAGGGCCAGGAGCGAUACACGGACAACCCGGAGCAAAUUGAUCCAGAUGAGCCGUUGGUGAGAACCAGAAGCUUCGAUGAACAGACGCAAGCAUCUGGAGCAUCGCAGGAGGACUCGGAUGCCUGGAUCAGGAGGUUCUUCCAUGGGUUAUGGGAGUUCAUGAACCCGCCCUUGUGGGCCAUGCUUGUCUCGAUCGUGGUUGCCUCGGUACCAUCGCUGCAAAACUUGUUCUUCGAUGAGGGCACCUUUGUGAGCAAUUCAGUGACUCGAGCGAUCAACCAGAAUGGCCAGGUUGCUGUGCCGUUGAUCCUCGUCGUUCUGGGGGCCAAUCUUGAACGCAACACGCUUCCUAAAGAGGCGCUGGAAGAUAUGGAGCAUCCCAAGGAAGAGAAGAAGUUGAUCGUCGCUUCUCUGGUGGCCCGCAUGCUUCUCCCUACCAUCAUCAUGGCUCCUAUCCUUGCGUUGCUGGCCAAGUAUGUGCCGGUCAGCAUUUUGGACGAUCCGAUCUUUAUUAUCGUCUGCUUCCUCCUGACUGGAGCUCCGUCAGCACUUCAGCUGGCCCAGAUUUGCCAGAUCAACAAUGUCUACGUCAGCGCCAUGUCGAAGCUCUUGUUCCAGAGCUAUGUGGUGUGGAUCCUCCCGUCCACUCUUAUCCUCGUCAUGUGUGCUCUGGAGGUUGUUGAAUGGGCGUCUGCCUCCUAA